AUGCAGUUUUCGGUUUUUUAUCUGAUUUCUCUCCUUCUUGUGCUUGCCGUUUUCAUCGAAGCAAGAGAUUCGGAUAUCGAUGAUGAGGCUUAUGAGACAGAGAAAGUAAGCUAUUGCCCACGUUUCGAGAAGUGGCACCGAUGUGGAAAUGGGUGUGAGAAGAGUUGUACUCAUCCGAAGCAGCCAAGUGCCGCGAAGUGCAAACUCCCUUGCAUCCCGUACUCUUGCCGAUGCAAACUUGGAUACUACCGUGACAAUCAGGGAACCGGACGUUGCGUUCGUAGAAACAAGUGCAAGAAGUGGUGA